GAAAGAGUGACUUUUAGUCGACGGUUUUUAAAUUUUUUAAAAAUAUUUAUUUAUUUUUUUAAAAAAGAACAAAAAAUGAAAAAAACAAACAGACACAAAAAACGCUAAUAAAAAAUCAAACACAUACUCACACAGUGCCCACUUCCACUUCCCAACACUCUUUGUUCCAUUCUCCUCAGCUCUGCUUCCCUUCUUCUCCCUGGAUUAGCUCGAAAAAUAGUUAAAUAAUCAAGAUAGAAUACAAAUAGAGAAACCAAUUACAUUGCAAUUCCGAAGAACCCCAGAUCUUUUUUUCUAGGACUGGGAUAUAUUAUCGAUUGGAUUGUUUGAUUUUGGCUAAUCAAGAAGAGGGGGAUUUUUGUAAGUUAAGCGAUGGAGAGGAGCACACCCGUGAGGAAGCCUCACACUUCCACCGCAGAUCUGCUCACUUGGUCGGAAACUCCGCCGGAAAAUACUCCGGCAUCUGCUUCCGCUGCUCGCUCUGCCACCCGUUCUCAUCAGCCGUCGGAUGGUAUCAGAAAGGUUGUGUUCGGAGGACAGGUCACCGACGAGGAAGUCGAAAGCUUGAAUAAGAGGAAACCAUGCUCAGACUUUAAAAUGAAGGAAAUAACAGGUAGUGGAAUUUUUGCAGCUGGUGGCGAGAAUGGUGUCCCUGAAUCAGAUAUUGCCGAUGGAACCUCUGCAAGUAAAACUGGAUUACGCAUGUACCAGCAAGCAGUCGCUGGUAUGAGUCAAAUAUCCUUUGGUGAUGAAGGGGCUGUUACACCCAAGAAGCCUACUACUGUGCCUGAAGUAGCGAAGCAAAGGGAACUAAGUGGAAAUCUUGAAACUGAAAGUGAAGCUGAGGCAAGGCUGAAGAAACAACUUUCAGAUGCAAAAUGCAAGGAGCUUAGUGGCCAUGAUAUAUUUGCUCCCCCUCCUGAGAUUAAACCUCGUCCCUUGUCUGCUCGCGCACCGGCUCUAAGAGAAAGUAUUACCAUUGGGGAAGCUGCUGCCCGUAAUGUAAGUGCACAUUCAUCCUGUUUCUUGUGCUGUCAUGGGGCUUUUCCAUUUGAAUGUGCGUCUAUCUAGAUAUAAGAUAUAAAAUAUAUGGCCUGCCCAAUUGCAUGGAAGUAUUAAAUCUAUUAAUGUUGCCUUUGCCCCUGCUAUGUGCUUAAAAGUAUGAAACAGUGAUCUGUUGCUAAAUUCUAAUGUGAAGUGAGUAAAAAAACAUGGCCUGAAUAUUGGCAUAACAAAUUGUUGGGAAAAUCCUAUUAGGCUGGCAAUAUUAAUUCUAAGAAAUGCACUCCAGAAUCCGUUAAAUUUCUGCUUUGUCUGAACAUCACCUUGCGUGCCUGUGUUAUUUUCCCAUGGGCUGAUGAAUGCACACUACUUCUUGAACAAAUACAGCCCUCUGUAGGGCCAAGCAGUGACAUACCAAGUGAAGAUACUGUGGUCAAGACAGCAAAAAAGAUCCCCGAGAAGAAGUUUGUGGAGCUAUCCGGGAACAACAUCUUCAAGGGCGAUGCACCUCCAUCAUCUGCCGAGAAGCCACUGAGUUCAGCAAAGUUGCGAGAGAUGAGUGGGAGUAACAUUUUCGCGGAUGAGAAGGUAGAAUCCCGGGACUACUUUGGUGGCGUUCGCAAGCCCCCUGGUGGUGUGAGCACCAUCGCACUGGUGUAAUUUAUUAGGUCCUCACUUCCCCCCAUUUAAUCACAUUAUUAUUGGUGGUCUUGGUGUCUCUUCCCCUCUCCUAUAGAGGGUAUUUGUUUCUUAAACAUAUUGACAAUUGUGUUGUGGAAUUUGGUGUGGUUCAGGUUAACUUGUCCUCCUCCAUAGCUGUCGACUGUUUGCUAAUUGGCUUAUAUAAAUGUAUAAUCUUUGUUUUAUGUGUUGGUGUCUUGAAAUUGUUUCGACUGUUGACUGAGCUCAGCUUAGUAUUGUAGACCAAUUGAUUUAGACUCCCUCAAUACAAUGAUUUAGGCUUUGGUGGUCACUGUUGAAUUUGGGGAGUUUCAUUUCAUCCAAUUUAAAUUUUAUAUGAGCAAUGCUUUAUUGCAUUGCCAUAGAUUGAUUUGGAAUGGAAUCAGUGGGCCUCAAAUCUUGUACCUAUGAUCAAUGAUGGAGUGACUUGCACAAAGAAUACAAUUCUUGUACCAAUUCGAAUACUACGUGUGGAAGCUGUCAAUUGCUAUGAUAGAGACUGGGAAUUUGGCUGGAAUUUUUUGUGAUAUUAGUGUAGCAGGUAGAUU